AUGGCGCCCGCAGCAGUUGACUCUUCCUUCAAGGCCCACGUUGCCGAAAGGUUUUGCACCUACGAAGCCGACCGAAAAGCCACAUCCAAAGAGUGCGUCUACACUACUUCCAACGGUGUUCCCGUACCCCAUCCGUACGAAGCUCAGCGCCUGGGCAACGGGCCCCUCCUGCUACAGGAUUUCCAUCUAGUUGAUCUCCUCUCGCACUUUGACCGUGAGCGUAUUCCCGAGCGCGUUGUCCAUGCCAAAGGCAGCGGUGCGCACGGUGAGUUCGUCGUGACGGACCCAUGUCCUGACCUGUGUCUGGCCGAUUUGUUCCAGGAAAAGGGCAACAAAUGCUCCAUCACUGUCAGAUUCUCGACUGUCGGCGGCGAGAGUGGCUCGCAUGAUCUGGCGCGAGACCCACGAGGAUUCUCUGUCAAGUUCAGGACCAAUGAGGGCAACUGGGAUAUGGUGGCCAAUAACACACCUGUUUUCUUCCUGAGAGACCCUGCCAAGUUCCCCUUUUUCAUUCACACUCAAAAGCGUGACCCGGCCACUCACCUCACCCAUGCUGACGACUCGACACACUUCUGGGAGUACUUCUCGCAGAAUCCCGAGUCCAUCCAUCAGGUCAUGGUCCUUUUCGGCGAUCGCGGCAUUCCCAAGGGAUAUCGCUUCAUGAACGGGUACUCCGGUCACACGAUGAAGCUUGUCAACAAGGAUGGCGAUUGGGUCUAUUGUCAGUUCCACAUGAAAUCGAUGCAGGGCAUCCAGUUCUUCACGCAAGAGGAGUCUGCCAAUUACUCGCCCGAUUACUCGCAGAAGGACCUCUACGAGGCAAUUCAAAAGGGUGACUACCCCAAGUGGACACUGGAAGUGCAGACCAUGACCCCCAAGCAAGCGGAGGAGCUGUGGGAGACGCAAAAGAUCAAUGUCUUUGACCUGACGCACAUUUGGCCGCAAGGACAGUUCCCUCGUCGCAAGAUCGGCGAAUUUACCCUCAACGAGAACGCAAUCAAUUACUUUGCCGAGGUUGAGCAAGCCGCAUUUAAUCCAGCUCACAUGGUCCCUGGCAUCGAGCCCUCAGCUGAUCCGGUGCUCCAGUCAAGACUGUUCUCGUACCCUGAUACUCAUCGCCACCGCAUCGGCGUCAAUUAUCAGCAGCUUCCCGUGAAUGCGCCGCGAACCGCCUAUAUGCACGCAAACUUCCAGAGGGACGGUUCCAUGGCCUUCUUCAAUCAAGGAGCCAGGCCCAAUUACCUGUCCUCCAUCGAUCCAGUUCUGUUCGAGCCCCGGGCCGUUGACCUGGACAAGACGCAUGGACACUUUACGGGCGAGGCUGUGACGUUCCUCAGCCAGAUCCGGCCCGAGGACUUCAACGCCCCUCGCGCGCUGUGGCAGAAAGUGUUCGACGAGCCGGCGCGGGAGCGAUUCAUCAACAAUGUGUCGGGCAAGAUGGCCUCGUGCCCGGACAAGGAGAUCCUCAAGCGCCAGAUUGCCAUCUUCCGCGAAGUCGACGAUGACAUUGCCAAAAGGCUGGAGAAGGCGACCGGCAUCCAAGGCUACGACGGUAUCAAGAAUAUGCAGUUUAACGGUACGCACAAUGGCAUGGCGACGGAUGACAAGGUGAAGCAUGCCAACGGCAUCAACGUCAGCAAGUGCACAAGCAUGACGGAGGAUAAUGGAGCGCCGCGCAUGGGAAUGCACAAUUUGGGUGGAAAUUGA